AAUCUCUUGAAGCUGCGCAACAGAAGGGCAGUAGAACGAGCACGCCAUGGUUGCCAUAAAGCGAAAAGCGGACCAAGGGAGUACCCCGUCCAAGAAGGAGAAAGGUGCAUCCAGCGACCGGUCUGCGAAGCGGCGGAAAUCCGAUGUGGCAGCAGAGCCAUCACCCGCCAAAGCGAAGCCUGAGAGCGCAGCGCCGAAGAGUGUCUUCAAGGACGAAGAGAAGUCCUUCCCCAGAGGCGGUGCGAGCGUCCUGACCCCUCUCGAGCACAAGCAAAUCCAGAUCAAGGCGAACCAGGAUGUCCUGUUCGAGCAGUCGGGAACCAAGCGCACCGGCGGUGACGACAAUGACUUCAGCGAUAUGGGUUCAGAAGAUGGCGAACAGGCUAGACCAAAAUCUGCGAAAACGAAGACUUUCAAGAAGGGCAAGAAGUCUCACGCGGACGGAGACGAGGAGCAAGUUAUCCGCGCAGAGGGUUUGAGCUACAAGAAACUGUCGCCUGGGACCAUCAUCCUCGGUCAAGUCACCGACAUCACCCACCAAGACAUCGUACUCGCCCUGCCCAACAACCUCGUCGGAUACGUCCCACUCACCGCCGUCUCCGACAAGCUCAACGAGCGACUGGAGAAACUUCUAAAGGAAGAAGAUGCAGACAAGGCCGAGGGAAGCGAUGACGAAGAAGCAUUCGAAGAUGUUGAGCUGAAGGAUAUGUUCUUUGUCGGCCAAUACCUAAGGGCUUGCAUUACAUCCACAAGCGAUGACACCGCAAGAGCGAAGAAGAGGCUAGAACUGUCAGUCGACCCGAAGCUGGUGAACAAGGGCCUGUCGAAGCGAAAGAUACCUGUGAACAGUAUGAUACAAGCCUCCGUGGUGAGCAACGAGGAUCACGGCCUGGUAAUGGACCUUGGUCUGGCGGACCCCAAGUUGAAGGGUUUCCUGCCCAAGGGCGAGCUAGGGCCUAAGAUUCCGCAUGCCAAAAUUCAAGAAGGGGCCGUCUUCAUGUGCCUGGUCACAGGGCUCAACUCAGAUGGACGAAUCGUUAAACUCUCCGCGGAUUUGAUCAAAGCCGGGAACUUGACCAAGGGCAACACCAUGACUGAAGCCCCAACCAUCGACGUCUUCCUGCCUGGAACUGCAGUGGAUGUUCUGAUUGCCGAUACCACGCCAGCAACGGUCACUGGUAAGAUCCUCGGCCUGAUUGAUGCGACGGCUGAUGCAUACCAUUCUGGAACAACGGAGAAGGGCGCCGAUAUAACGAAAAAGUACAAGAUCGGCUCCAAAGUCAAAGGGAGAAUUUUGUUUACAUGCCCGGACUCAGAGCCCAGGAAGGUCGGUGUAUCAUUCCUGGACCAUGUGGUUUCGCUCUCUACUCGCAUGUCUGGGAAACCAAAGGAGCGGAAGCCUCCUCUAGAACUUUUGCCAAUAUCCACAAUCAUUGAGAGCGCAAAGGUUAUCAAGGUACAGCAAGGCCAUGGUGCCUUCUUCGAUCUUGGAGUUCGCGACGUGGUCGGUUUCGCGCACAUAUCUCGACUGGCCGACGACAAGGUAGACAUCCUAUCGGAUGACGCCGGUGCCUUCAAGCUUGAAUCGAAACACCGAGCACGAAUCAUCGGUUACAACGACCUAGAUGGCCUCUUCCAGCUCUCUCUGGAACAGAAGGUUCUCGACCAGCCUUUCCUUCGAAUUGAAGACAUCAAAGCUGGGCAGCUUGUCAAGGGCAAGGUGCACAAGCUCAUUGCUGACAAGACUGGAGCUACCGCUGUGCUCGUCCAUCUUGCGGAAGGUAUCACAGGUCUUGUGCCAGAGAUGCAUCUAGCAGACGUCCGCUUACAGCAUCCGGAGCGAAAAUUCCGCGAAGGUGUGCCCGUCACGGCCCGUGUGCUGUACACUGAGCCUGCAAGGCACCAGAUUCAGCUCACUCUGAAGAAAUCUUUGGUAAAUUCGGAAGUCGAGCCGUGGACAAACUUCGCAAUGCUUUCCAAGGGUGAUACUGGUCCUGGUAUUCUUGUCAACGUUCGGCGUAACGGCGCGACAGUUCGAUUCUACGGCGAUGUCAAGGCCUGGCUUCCAAUGGCAGAGAUGAGUGAAGCGUAUAUCGAAGAUGCUACGCGACACUUCGCAAAUGGCCAGGUAGUCAAGGUGCGUGUCCUCUCAGUCGACCCAGGCGAGCGUCAACUGCUGGUAUCCUGCAAAGACCCGGCUGCCAUAGAUACCAACAAGGAAGCCGCAUUCAGCGCUCUCAACCCCGGUGGUGUUGUGAAGGGCACUGUCAUCGAGAAGAAUGAGGAGACGGCAACUUUAGACCUCGGUCAUGGUGUCAAAGGUCUCCUUCGUAUUGGUCAUCUGACAGAUGGAUCAGAGAAGAAGGAUGUCUCGACCAUGAAAAAAAUCCGCGUUGGAGGCACAUUGGAUGAUCUUGUGGUUCUGAGCAAGCACAACAAAUCCAGAACUGCCAUCGUCUCCAACAAGCCUAGUCUUCGAAAAGACGCACAGGCUUCGAAGCUUCCGACCAACGUUCAAACCCUCCAGGUAGGCGAGAUUGUACAUGGCUUUGUGCGCGGUAUCUUGCCAGACAAAGUGUUCGUGGAGCUGGGUAACGGCAUCAGUGGUCCAGUCUUCAAGUCACAGCUCACACAGGAGAUGCUCCUCGCUGCAAACUUCGGUCUGCGCAAGGACCAAUCCGUUACAGUAAGAGUGACACAUGUGGAUUCCGCGAAGGGCUUCUUCUGGCUUUCCAUGAAGCUCGAACCGGAAGCAGACGAAAGUGCUACGACUAAGACCACAGAAGCAACAGGGCAAGCUCUGGUCGACCCUAUCGAUCCGAAGAUAUCGUCCACUGCGGACAUCAAGUUCGGCACAACCACUACCGUUCGCAUCCGAUCUGUCAAGAGAACACAAGUCAACGUCGAGCUCGCUGAAAAUGUUCAAGGCCGAAUCUCGGUCUCAGAAAUGUUUGACUCGUGGGACGACAUUCCCGACAAGAAGCGGCCCACGGCGCACUUCAAGAUGAAUGAUAGGAUAGAAGCCAAGGUACUGGGCCGACAUGAUGCACGCAAUCAUCGCUUCCUUCCCAUCUCACAUCGAUCGAGCAACAAGACGCCCACGUAUGAAAUGACUACAAAGAAAGAUAAGAUAAGGGUGGAAACUGACGUGUUGAGCCUGGACAAGAUUAGUCCCGGGUCAUCUCAUGUUGCUUUCGUCAAUAACAUUGCUGAUCGAUAUGUCUGGGUGAACAUCACAGCCAACGUUCGCGGCCGUAUCGACUUUUUCGAUCUGACCGACGAUCUCGAGCAGCUCUCGGCCAUUGAAGAGAAUUUCCCCGUGGGCUCGGCCCUGAAAGUUCGCGUGAAAGCGGUCGACGUUGCAGCCGGACGACUAGAUUUGACGGCAGCAACUACGGUGACCGGAAAGACACUGACCUUACAAGACCUCAAAGUGGGUUAUAUCCUUCCUGCUCGUGUUACAAAGCUACACGAAACAUCGAUCGUUGUGCAGAUCAACGAUAACAUUGCAGCGCCAAUCUACCUAGAGCAGCUUGCAGAUGACUACGACAAGGCCAAGCCAUCAGAGUUCAAGGUUGGCGACGUUCUACGUGUAUCCAUCAUCGAUGUCGACGUUCCGAACAAAAAGCUUGGGCUCUCUGCCAGGCCGUCAAGAGUCUUGAGUUCUUCCUUGCCUGUCAAGGAUCCCGAGAUCAAGGACAAAACCCAGCUCAAGGUUCACCAGGUCGUCCGUGGCUUUAUUAAGCAUGUUGCCGACAAUGGUGUUUAUGUGCGACUAGGCCCGCACGCCGAAGCAUAUGUGCGCAUCAGCCACCUCUCCGACGAGUACAUCAAAGACUGGAAAUCUGCAUUCCAUGUCGACCAGCUCGUUACUGGUAAGAUCAUCUCGAACAAAGAGCAUAUGCGCAAUCCUCAGAUGAGCCUGAAGACCUCUGUCAUUCAAGGCGACUACACUGAGCCGCUCGAAUUCAGCGAUCUGCAAGUUGGCCAGAUUGUAACUGCUAAAGUUCGGCACGUGGAGAACUUUGGUGUCUUCCUCGUGGUCGACAACUCAAACAACGUUAGUGGUCUCUGCCAUAUCUCUCAGUUGGCGGACAAGGCAGUCGCUCAAGACAAGGUGAAGGAGAUGUACAAGAAGGAUGACGUGGUCAAAGCUAAGAUCGUGCGCGUCGAGCCAAAGACGAGGAAAAUCAGCUUCACUUUGAAGUAUUCGCAGGUCAAGGGUGAGGGAGAAGAUGAGGAAAUGGAGGACGCAUCUGAUAAUGAGGUCACCGACGAGGAAAAGUCAGAUGAGGGUGGAGUAGAGCUCGACGAUGACGUCGAAAUGAGAAGCGUCAGGAGUGCAGAGAGCGACGACGACGACGCACAUAUCGUCGAUGCAGACUCUUCGGAAGAAGAUUUAGACCAAGACGGUGUACAAUCAUCAGCACCUGGUCUCAACACCUCUGGGUUUGACUGGACAGGAGCAACUCUAGACUUCGAUGAGCAGAACGGUGCCGCAGCCUCCGACUCUGAUGGUGGAGCCCCCAAAAAGAAGAAGAAGUCCAAGAAAGCUACCAUAAAAGAGGACCGCACAGGCGACCUCGAUGCUUAUGGUCCCCAGUCCGUGGCAGACUACGAGCGCCUGCUGCUCGGACAACCAAACAGCGCCGAGAUGUGGGUACGCUACAUAGUCUUCCAGCGCGAACUCAACGAGAUCGACAAGGCCCGGCAAAUUGCUCGACGCGCGUUAGCGACUAUCAACCCGCGUGAGGAGAAGGAGAAGUUGGAUGUCUGGACGGCAUUGCUGCAUCUCGAAAAUGACUUCGCUAGCGAUGAUGCAAUGGAGGAAGUCUUCAAGGAGGCAUGCCAGCAUAACGAUGCAAGGGAGGUGCAUGAGAGAAUGAUCAAGAUCUAUAUUGGUUCUGGGAAAAUCGACAAAGCAGAUACUCUCUACCAAUCUAUGACAAAGAACAAAUCUUUCACGCCAGAUCCUCAGUUUUGGCUCUCAUACGCAACAUUCUUAAUGGACGUCCUCCCCUCGCCCUCACCCACACGUGCUCGCGCCCUCCUCCAGCGCGCGACACAGUCCGUUGCUUCUAGUCAACACCGCUAUCUCACACAGAAGUUCGCUGCGCUGGAAUUCAAGUCCGCGAAUGGCGAUGCUGAGCGCGGAAGAACCAUUUUCGAGGGCCUCGUGAGCACGUUCCCGAAGAAGGGCGAUGUUUGGGAUGUAUACCUCAGCCAGGAAAUGAGUCACGGUUCAGCAGAAGGGGUCCGAGAUCUGUUUGAGCGAAUGACCAAAGUUGGAGGGAAGAGCAAAAGGGCUGCGGCUGUGUACAAAAAGUGGGCGGAGUGGGAGAAUAGCGUAGGCAACGCUAAGGGAGUGGAGAGGGUGAAAGCGUUGGCAGAGCAGUGGAGAGAGGAGAAGAAGGGGAAAGCCGACGAGUAGCUAAAAUAUUUUCAUUGCUAGGCGUUGGGUAGCAUAGGAAAAGUCAUCAUAAUGUUCGAACCCAGUGAAAGGUCC